AUGGUAGAAACUUCACAGUCCGUGUGGGAACAAGAAAGAAGCAAGAUUGUGAAUGAGUUGACGGACUUGCAAGGUGACCAAGAUUCUUCAACUUGGAAGGCUGAAAAGACUGAGUAUCUCAACAGGAUCCAAAUGCUGGAACUGGAUGUUAGGGGACAACAGGUCUUAAACUUGGAUUUGUUGGCUAAAAAUGAGUCUUUGCAAGAUGAGUUAAAAUCAACUCAAGAAAAAUUCACCAAGUUAGGAUACACUGGAGAGAAUUCCAAAAGUACUAAGUUUGUAAGAGCCUUAAGACCACUUGUAGAGAAGAAGGAAGCCUCUAUUGAUGACCAUGUCACAAUACUGAAGAACAUAAAGGAAGGUCAGCCAACACACAAUUAUCAGGUCUCUCAAGAAAAAUGUACUGUUGAAUCUUUACAGUGUGAACUUAGAGAACAGAAGGAACUCAUUAGUAAACUAGCUGAAAUGUUCUCUAAGAAAAGCUUCCAAAUUGGAAGAGAAAAAACUAUUUGGACCAAGAAAAAUGAAAGUAAGUGCCUUCUAGCUCAUGCUAACGAAAUUGAUGCUACAUGUCUUUUGGCUCGUGCAAGUACAGCUGAACAAACUACUCAUAUUGAGGCCAUGUGUUUGGUAGCGCUAACUGCUCUAGCAGACAAGCGACGAGAUUUUUGGCAUGUUGAUAGUGGUUGUUCUAGAUACAUGACUGAAGACAAAGCCUGGGUCAGCCAUUUGGCUGAUGACUAUGAAGAUGUGUGGUUUAACAAACAAAGAUGUUUAGUGCUAAAUCAGAAAGGAGAAGGUAUCAUGGGAGGUAAGAGAUCUUUUGAUAACUGCUAUCAUAUUCGAGCUAAUGAAUCUUUCAGCUUGCAGUCCUGUAUGUCUGUGAGAUCCAUAGAGGAGACCUUUGAGCUUUGGCACAGAAGGAUGGGACAUGUGAACUAUCAGGACUUGUUGAAGUUAUCUUCCAAGCAAUGUGUUAGAGGUCUACCCAAUCUAAAUGGCAAAACCGACAAGAUAUGUGGUGACUGCAAAAUUGGAAAGCAAACCAAGGCACCUCACAAGGUGGUGAACUCAGCAACAACCUCAAAGAUAUUGGAACUAUUACACAUGGAUCUGAUGGGAUCAGCUCAAUCUGAAAGUAUUGGAGGUAAGAGCUAUAUGCUAGUGGUUGUGGAUGAUUUUUCAAGAUACACCAUAGUUAGAGUAAGGUCAGAUAAUGGUACAGAAUUUAAAAAUGCUGCCUUCGCUAACUAUUUUCAUGAGCUUGGUGUGUCUCAUGAGUUCUCAACCCCAAUCACUCCUCAGCAAAAUGGCAUUGUGGAAAGGAAAAAUAGGGUACUACUGGACAUGGCUCGAGUUAUGCUACAUGCUACAGAUUUAAGUACACACUUUUGGGCUGAGGCUAUAGGUACUGCAUGUUAUACAAUUAAUAGAGUCUUCUUAAGACCAGGUAUAGAUCAAAUAGCUUACGAGAUGUGGAAAGGUAAGAAGUCCAAUGUAGGGCACUUUCAUGUCUUUGGAAGUCCCUGCUACAUCUUACGAGAUAGAGAGCAUCUUGGUAAGUUUGAUGCUAGAAGUGAUGAUGGUGUAUUCCUAGGGUAUUCUAUGAACAUCAGGGCUUAUAGAGUCUAUAACAAAAGAACUCGAGUUGUUAUGGAAUCCAUUAAUGUCUCUAUUGAUGAUGAAUGUAUGAAACAGGAAGAAUCAUUUGCAGAUACAUCAUCCACCUCAGUCACACCAACAUCAAGCAAAGAAGUCCAAGCUGAUGAAGAUGAGAUAACAUAUAACAUUUUUGAACCAGCUCCUACCAUGAGAAGAGGCUUCAAGCAGGUUCAUAAGGAUCAUUCUAGUCAGGACAUCAUUGGCAAUGUAUUAGAUGGAUUGACAACACAUAGGCAAGCUGCGGCACAGGAAGCCUUGUUGGAUGAUCACUGGAUUAGUGCUAUGCAGGAAGAGCUGAAUCAAUUUACUAGAAAUGAUGUGUGGUUCAAGCUGUUCCAAAUGGAUGUCAAAACGGCAUUUUUCAAUGGAAUCUUACAGGAGGAAGUAUAUGUAGAACAACCUCAGGGUUUUAAAGAUCCACAUCACUUGGAUCAUGUAUAUAGACUCAAGAAAGCUCUAUAUGGACUGAAACAGGCUCCUCGUGCUUGGUAUGAAAGGCUUUCUAAUUAUCUCAUGACAAAAGGAUAUUCUAGGGGUCCAGUUGAUAAGACCUUAUUUGUAAAGCAAGCAAAAAUUGACAUUACCAUUGCACAAGUGUAUGUUGAUGACAUUGUUUUUGGUUCUACAUCUAAGCAUCUUGUUAAAGAAUUUCAGUCAGUCAUGGAAAGUGAAUUUGAAAUGAGUAUAUGUGGUGAGCUAACAUUUUUCCUUGGAUUACAAAUAAAGCAGCUUAACACAGGUUUGUUUCUCUCUCAAACCAAAUAUGCUGAGAAUUUGAUCAAGAAAUUUGGUCUUGAGUCCAAAAAGGUGGUAAACAAUCCCAUGAGUACCACUACCAAGCUCAGUGAAGACAAGGAUGGCAAUUCUGUUUAUCCGACCAUCUAUAGGAGCAUGAUUGGUAGUUUGUUGUAUCUUACUGCUAGUCGACCAGAUAUCUCUUAUAGUCUUGGUGUUUGUGCACGAUUUCAAGCAAAUCCAAAGGAAUCCCAUCUGGAAGCUGUUACAAGAAUUCUACGAUAUAUCUAA